AUGUCAAGCGGCUUUGAGGGUAAAAAGAAUAAUGAAAUAAAUGAUUACGAAGUAUUAGAUAAUGAUCAGAAUAACGAAAUGAAUAUUUACGAAGAUAACGAAAUGAGUGAAGAAUCAAAUGGAGAUGCUUUAGAAACAUUUGAUCCUGAUAACGCUAUAGAAAAACAUGUUUUACGAGUAUCAAAAAUUCAUGAGGUUAGCUUUAGAGCAAGCAGUAUAACGCCGAAUUUUCGUGGUUCUUUUAGUUUUCUCAUUACUGUCUUAUUUAAACUUAUCACAGGAACCUGA